AUGAAUACCGGUGAGGGGAUCGUGGUCGAUUUUAACGAAUCGGAUCCAUUUACUCAGGCAUUCUAUGAGAUUGAUACCGAUAGUGAUGGCAUUAUUACCAGAGCUGAUCUAGAACAGUUCGUUAGGAACAACGACUUUGUGGAUGAAAACCUUGUGAAGUCAUGGAUGAAACUGUUUGAUACCUCUGAAAGUGAUCUUAUAACAAUACAAUUGUAUAAGAAGAAACUCGGACUUCCGGACGAGGAGAGAGACCGUACAAAUUCUUCGCAUUCAAGCUUUCCAGAGCCACCAAGCUAUGCUACUAUGAGAGCUUCAGAAAUUCGGAUCAUCUCCGCUAGUAUGCCAGCAAUAAACCAGGCUGAAGUCAUUGAAGAGUCAUGUCGAUUGAUUGCCACAAAUACAGAAGGAAGUAGCAGUUUUUGCGGCGGCAAUAGGACCAUAAAAUUCAACGAGUCUCAAACGGCUGCCAAUUUGAGACAGUGGCUGGAGUUGAGAUUUGGCCGGGUUUGGCAUGUCAUCAUCGUUCAAGGAUCCUAUUGGAUGCACUACUCGCAUGAGAUUGACUGUUCCCUUCAAUUUCAAAUCGGCUCACAUGUGUUCCUUCUUUGGCGUACUCCAUCUGGUUAA